UGUAAUCAUCAAGCACUAUCACCAUCAAAUUAACAAUUUUCUUUCCCUUUUCUUCAACGAAUAUCACCACAAGAAAAAUUAUAUACACAAAAAUUAGUAUCGGAGAAAAUAAUCAAGUCAAUCAUACUGUUAACUGUUAGCAAUUGUUUGGUAAUUUCUCAAUGACAUAUCUAAGUCAAUGACCCUUCACAGGCUCUGCCUCUUUAGCCCAUUCCACAUAUUUUACGCGCAAAUCUGCUUCCUUCCAAGUCAUUCCUUCACACCAACAAAAGGAAAAAGCAAAAAUAAAAUUCUUGAGGGUUUUUUUUUUUUGGGUGGUAAGCUAUGAAGGGAUCUUUUUCCAGCAGAGUAAAGAUCUUCAGCUUUGUUUUAGCAUGGAUGUUUUUGCCAGGACUUGUUUUGUCAGCUGUAACUGAGGAUGAUAUGAAGUGCCUGGAAGGUGUCAAAAAUUCUCUACAAGACCCAGAUGAGAAGUUAAGCUUGUGGACUUUCAAUAACAAUUCGGUUGGAUUUAUAUGCAAGUUUGUUGGAGUUGUAUGUUGGAACGAACGGGAAAACCGCCUGUUAAGUCUUGAACUUCGAGAAAUGAAUCUGUCAGGACAGUUACCUCAAUCUUUAGAGUACUGUAAGAGUUUGCAGACUUUGGAUCUGUCAGCUAACAAAAUUUCUGGUACGAUCCCUCCACAGAUAUGCACUUGGUUACCUUAUUUAGUAGCCCUUGAUCUGUCUAACAAUGAUCUGUCUGGUCCAAUCCCUCCUGAAUUAUCGAAGUGUGCUUAUUUGAAUAAUUUGAUACUGUCAAAUAAUAGGCUUUCAGGGUCAAUUCCAUACCAAUUAUCCGGUUUAGUUAGGCUGAAGAAGUUUUCUGUAGCCAAUAAUGAUCUGACAGGUGCUAUUCCUUCAGCUUUUGAGAAUCACGAUAAGGCAGAUUUUUCUGGGAAUAGUCUUUGUGGGGGUCCUCUUAGGAAGUGUGGGGCUUUGAGUAAGAAGAAUUUAGCAAUUAUAAUUGCAGCUGGGGUUUUUGGUGCUGCAGCUUCAAUGUUGUUGGGAUUUGGGGUUUGGUGGUGGUAUCAUUUGAGAUGGAUAAGGAGGAGGAAGAAGGGGUAUAUUGGAGGUGAUGACAGUAGUUGGGCUGAGAGGUUGAGGGCUCAUAAGUUGACUCAAGUUUCAUUGUUUCAGAAGCCACUUGUGAAAGUUAAGUUGGCUGAUUUGAUGGCUGCAACAAACAAUUUCAAUGCAGAGACCAUCAUAAUUUCCACUAGGACGGGAACUACCUAUAAGGCAGUGCUUCCUGAUGGAUCAGCCCUUGCAAUCAAGAGGCUAACAACUUGCAAGCUUGGUGAGAAGCAAUUUCGUUUGGAGAUGAAUAGAUUAGGCCAGCUUAGGCAUCCAAAUUUGACACCCCUUUUGGGAUUUUGUGUUGUGGAAGAGGAGAAGCUGAUAGUUUAUAAGCAUAUGUCCAAUGGGACUCUGUAUUCCUUGUUACAUGGUAGUGUUGCUGCCGUAGAUUGGCCAACUAGAUUUAGGAUUGGUUUGGGAGCAGCUAGGGGUCUAGCUUGGCUGCACCAUGGGUGCCGGCCUCCAUUUCUGCAGCAGAACAUCUGCUCCAAUGUGAUUCUUAUUGAUGAGGACUCCGAUGCUAGGAUAAUGGACUUUGGAUUGACAAGGCUUAUGACUGCCUCGGAUGUUAAUGAGACUAGUUUUAUGAAAGGGGAUUUAGGUGAAUUUGGCUAUGUAGCUCCAGAGUAUUCAAGCACUAUGGUUGCUUCACUUAAAGGGGAUGUCUACGGAUUUGGUGUGGUGCUUCUGGAGUUGGUAACUAGGCAAAAACCCCUAGAAGUUAAUGCAGGUGAAGAAGGAUUCAAGGGUAAUUUGGUUGAUUGGGUAAAUCAUCUCUCCAGCUCUGGUAGAAUCAAGGAUGCUAUCGACAAGGCUCUUUGUGGAAAGGGGCAUGAUGAGGAAAUUUUGCAGUUCCUCAAAAUUGCAUGUAAUUGCAUGGUUACUCGGCCAAAGGACAGAUGGUCUAUGUACCAGGUUUAUCAGUCAUUGAAUAGCAUGGCUGAGGAAAAUGGUUUCUCCGAACAGUUCGAUGAUUUCCCUCUGAUUUUCAUCCAGCAAGAUAAUGAAUCACUGUAACUUUAGAGUAAAAUUGGGACCAAGUCUGCAAAAUGGUGUGGUGCAUGCAAAAUUUCUACAUCUUGUGGUAAAUUCUCAAAGGCUUUUGAUAAUGAUGAUGCCAAUCUCCAUUUCAGUUGCUCUUUUAUCUUUGCCAUAAAUAGUUGUAUGAUACAAUAAACUUGUUGAACUGUAGGUUCUUAAAUAUUCAAGAAAUCUACUUGUUUGCUCCUUGUUUUGCAGUGAAAUCAUAUAUGUACUGUUUAGCUUGUUAACAAUUCGAUAUCUAUAGUAUCAAAGAGACUGUUAUCUGGUUUGGGAGGAACUCAAAGUUCUUUUUCUUUUGUUUUCGGUAUCAAUCUUUUUUUAAUGCAAGAGGAAAGAAAAAGGCCUUAAUGCCAUUGUAUUACAAAAGCACUGUGAAAAUCUUUUGUUUUAGUUAUGAUGUUUGUUUCUUCUGUUUUAUCCUUUUUCCCAUUUGAUUUCUGUGGAGAAUGGUGGUGAUGUGAGCAGAUACCCUUUGUCUGGUGCUGUAGCUGUUACUGAUUUAUUACAUCAUCACAGUAGUUUAAUUGCCAGUGAUGCCAUAGAUUGUUUUUAUCUAUAGCGACAAUUGGCUGGUGACAAGGAAUGUGCUGCAUCGCAUGAUUAAUGCUUGGAAUUCACUGUUGGCAGACCAACAAGUUGAUUAUUUAUGUCCCCCAAAUGCUUUUCUGCUGGAAAUCCUAAGCUUUAAAUUGGUCAAAUAUGCACUCCACAGGAUCUUAAUCAAAUGUUCAGACAAAUUUUAGUUGAUGCUAAUUGAAAACAGCAUAUCAGCAUAAGGGCAACAUGUACAGUAUUUUCUUUGAAUUCUAGUCACUGCCUUUGAUUCAUUGUUGAUAAUUUGAGAACAUUAGCAUUUGUUUUUGGUUCUGGUGGUGGUGGUUUUGGAUUUUCCUUUAGUUUCUUUUGUCUGUGUGGGUGUGUCCUGAGGAAGGGGGCC